AUGAGCGAUUAAGUAGAAGAAAAAAAAGAUAACUAAUCAGUAAAUACAGUCAUGACUGAAGAUAUUAAGAAAGAGCAUUUAAGAAGCAUUGAGACAGAUAAAACUUGGGAUGAUAUUUUUGCUUUGUCUCCUGAAGUGAGAGAAAGAAUUAAACAAAUUUACGAAAGGCCUACGAAGAUUUAAUAUUUGUCUAUUGGAGAAACAAUUGAAUAUAUAUAGCCAGUUAUUACAAUCAAGUGCAGAAAUGGUGGAGGUAAAACUCUUACUUUUGCUAUUCCUGCUUUGGAAUUUGCUUACAGAAAUAAAAAUAAAAAGACUUCAAAAUCCUAGCAAUCAGUCUAAGAAGUUCAUGGAUAGAGUUCCUAAACUGGAGCAACUGUUUACUGUCCUACAUCGAUUAUUAUUGUGUCAACAUAGCCACUCGCUUUGCAAAUUUAAAGCGUUUUAAAUAAUCUUUUGGUUGAAGGAGUUUCUACAGAAGUUCUAUUCUAAGACCAAAAGAUUACUCAAUCUGGUUAGAUAUUGAUUUCCACUCCAGAGCUACUUUACAGAUACUUGGUGAUAGAAAAGUUAAUAUAGUUAGAUAAUUUAUGUCAUAUUGCUGUUGAUGAAGCUGAUAAUAUGCUCACAUCAUUUUAGAUGCAAUUAGAAAGAACAAUCGUAUUUUUAAAGGGUAGAGAUAUUGUCAUUUAGUUUGUUUCUGCUACCUUGACAGAAAAAAAUAUUAAAUUUAUUUAUGAUGCUUUAAAAUUUGAUAGCACUUAAGACGAAGAUUCUAAAAUUUUGUAUUCAAUUGAGUUACCUUGGAAAUUAAAAGGUGUUACUUAAUAUGGAUAAGUGUUAAAAGGAAAUAAAUAGGAGAAUGAUAUAGAAAAGUAUAUGAUUUGCACUCAAUUAGUCAAUUAAGUAAUUGAAUAUAACUCCAAGAACCCUGAUUUGGAAUCUUAAAUUAUAAUCUUCUUUAGAAAGAUAGCAAGCAUUUUAGAAUUUGAAAGUAAGAUUGCUAGAGAAAAGUUAAAUUGGAAAUAUACAACUUGUGCUAAUAAAAGUAAAAGAAAUGAAAAUAUAUAAAAUUUCCGUGCUGGAAACUAUGACAUUAUGUUAGCCACUAGUGUUAUGAGUAGAGGUAUUGAUAUUCGUAAAGUAGGUUUAGUUAUUAACUUUGACAUGCCCUUAGAAAUGAAUGAAAAACUGGAAUACCUAGAUAAACAUCAAUAUUUGCACAAUAUUGGUAGAACUGGUAGAUUUGCAGAUUUAGGUCUAUCAUUAACUUUCUUCGAAAAUGAUAAGGUAUACGAAAAUGCCAAGUAUACGAUUAAGGAUAGUUUUGAAUGCGAUUUACUUGACUUCAAAAUGGAAAAUAUGAUUCCUGAGUUGGCUAGUGUUAUGAAAAAUAACACACAACAUCAAAGAGUGCAGUGA